AUGAAUAGUUCUAGCGAAGAGAACCAAGCCAAAUACUUAUUAGAUGUUUUAUGGAAGGAUAAAAAUAGGCCUUAUAGAUCCAGAGUUGAAGAAUGUUCACUGGAUAUUGCGUUGGAUGACGAGGGCGACUAUGGUGAAAAUGUUGAAGAAUGCAACCCAGAGAGCAAUCUGCUGCUACCAGCUCUCGUUUUUCACGGUUCACCCACUCCCAAAUCUAUUCCAAACAAUGGGACACCAUCGUUUGCGGCGGACACUCCACGACCAAAAACUCCUACAACUACGUCGAACUUGAGUCCCGCGCCGUUUUUACGCGACCAAUCCGGCCCCAAUUCACGCAGGAAUCACAUCAACAAUGCAGUGGAUAACACCGGUUUAUUGCACAACCAAGAUUGUAACGCAGAUUUUAAGCUCGAGAAGACCCUUCGGCGGCAUAUAGAAACCGCCAAUGCCCAUCGGUUGUCAGCAUUUCAAUGUUGCUGCGAGCUAUCGUUCGGUCGCAAGGACAAUUUUCGCAGCCAUCUCGAACGUAAAAAGCCCUGCGACCCCAUCGCGCCGUUUCUCUGCUCGUGUGGAUACCAAGUAGAAAGCAGCAACCAAGAUUCAGUUGGCUUAAUAUUGAAGCAUAUCAAGGCCUGUGGGCGUAAGCGAGGCCGACCGAAGAAUCAACUGCCGCUCGUUCCUCUCGUUGCAAAACUAAGCGAAUAUGUGUGCCGAUUACAAGGCGCAGCUGUCGGUGGCAAAAGAUUAUCUCAAUGCUCGAGUUCAUCAGCUAUAAUUGGUUUCGAUUGUAGCUUAUGA